CUGUGCAUUAGAAAUACACUAUACUGACAAAAGUAUUGGGACACCCCUCCAAAUCAUUGGAUUCAGGUGUCCCAAUCACCUCCAUAGCCACAGGUGUAUAAAAUCAAGCACCUAGGCAUGCAGACUGGUUCUACAAGCUUUUGUGAAAAAAUGGGUCGCUCUCAGGACCUCAGUGAAUUCAAGCGUGGUACUGUGAUAGGUUGCCAUGUGUGCAAUAAGUCCAUCCAUGAAAUUUUCUUGCUACUAAAUAUUCCACGCUCAACUGUUAGUGGCAUUAUAACAAAGUGGAAACAACUGGGAACAACAGCAACUCAGCCAUCAAGUGGUAGGCCACGUAAAAUAACAGAGCAGGGUCAGCGCAUGCUAAAGCGCACAGUGCGCAGAAGUUGCCAACUGUCUGCAGAGUCAAUAGCUAAAGAUCUACAAACAUCACAUGACCUUCAGAUUAGAGAACUUCAUGGAAUGGGUUUCCAUAGCCAAGCAGCUGCAUCCAAG